CCAUGCCAUGCAAAAACCUCCAAAACACUCCAAAAAACUCCCAAUUUUCUACUAUGCAUACAUCAUCAUCAAAAGACAAAAAUUCUUCACUAGAUAUGGCUGAUUACGUAGGUGUUGAGAGCCAUGUUGAUUUAAAAUUGGCACCUUAUAAGUGGUUCAACUGCAGUAGCGGCGGCGGAGGUCUGUUAUUAAAGAAAGAGAAAAAAAAGGAAAAAAUAGAGAGAGAAUAUCCGCCGCCGCUACCCUGUCUUGCGAGGACAGAAAAUAUUCCGUCCUCGCAAAUGCCGUGGGUGAUGAAGAGAUAUCAUACACCUGAUGGCAGAUUAAUUAUCAAAGAAGAGAAAGUUAAAAGGUUUGAGUAUUUUGAGGCUCACCGUAUUGAUGGACGGUUAAUGUUGAAUCUUGUUCCGUUAAAUGAUGACGUGUCGGAUUCCGAUGGUGAUGAUGAUGAAACGGAUGGUUGUGAUCAAGGGAAAGUUGAUCAGACGGCUGUGGAGAAUGGAUCGGCAUUGAUGAAUGGUGGAAUAAAGUGUUCGAGUUUAUGUACGUUUGGUGUGGCUGUGCCGCCGAUCAGGCCAGUUCAUACAUAAACAAGUUGACCUAUCUUUUAUGAGAAAUUGAUGGGUGUUUAAAUUAUUGUUUUGUUUAGUACAAGAGGAACAAAAAUUUUGUUGGAUUUUAUUAAAUCUUUAAUUCUUUUUUAAAAUUUUCAAGUUUUGUUGUUUAAUGAUCCCUUUUUGCUGCAUUUUUAAUGUUUUUCUUAAGGCGACUGAUUAAAUUAUAUAUUAGGCGUGUUUGAUGUGCUGGAGAUAUUUUCAGAAAAUAACUGUUUUACCUUGUUGAAAAAGACUAGUACUAGACUUUUAAGAAAAGAUUUCACAUAGAAAAGUGAAAGAUGACACCGACUAACACUUAGAAAUUAUUAUCAAUAUUUAACAUUUAAAAAUCUCGUCAAAUAAUAUUUGAUUGGCUGGGUUUAUUAUUAAUGUUUUCUUUUAUAUUAUUUUAUUACAGACCAAAAAUCAGAAUUUUCUAGAAAAAUAUUUUCUGGCAUUGAGAAAAUAAUUUCG